AUGGAACAAAUAUUGCAAUUCGAUUGGACAAAUUUUCAGCCGGAGACAGAUAAAUAUUUCCUUACUUCUGAGGCAUUGCAAAAUAGUGUUACCGAGAAAAUUCUUCAAAAUAACUUUCAUGAUCCUCUAAUAUCCAGCAGUGAGGAUGAAGAGCAAGAAGUUAUCAACUGGGAUGAAAUAUUCAGUAAAAAGAAAUAUAAUGAAAGGAACAACCACAUUUUUGUGCCAGGAUUUAGAGGAUGUCCAAAAUAUCCUAAACUAUCCAGUCUCAAGCCCAAUCAACAAACACAACUUCUCAAAGUUAUUUGUGCAAACCAUUCACAUGUUCUUCCCCAGAAAAGUUUCCCGAGACCUACUAAGAUAGAUUUUAGACUAUUUGAGGAAUUAAAACCACUCUAUGAACAAGAACAGAAAGAAUUUAUAGCCUGGGCUAAAAACCUAUGGACCACGGAACAUUGUGUUAGAGCAUUACGACCCAAGCCACCAGUGGAGUUAGUUUAUGAAGCAUAUUUUAAAUUAAAUGCUAGUGAACUUCAAUGUUAUCCAAAAUUUUAUACCCUAGCAGCUCAAAUACCACUUGAGGGCAAACAUGAAAACAACAAUGAAAUGGUUUUUUGUGAAGAUUUAAUUGAUGUUAAUAACUUAGAUAUGCCAGAAAUUCAAUAUGAAGCAAUUGAGGAAAAAAUUAUGAUUGUUAAAAAUUGUUCUGUGCCUGAGCCUUGUAAUAAACAUCCCUGUAGAUUUAUUCUACCAACCGAAAAGUCAGUAUCAAUUCUACCGAAAACAGAGAUAGAAAGGGAGUUAGCUCAAUAUGCUUUGGAGCAAGGCGCACAAUACAUUGCCAGUGAGAGCGCGCUUAAAUGUCUACUUACAAUCGAUCAGCCUUGGUAUAUAACUGUUUGCGUCAGUGAAGCUAUAGACUCAUAUGGCGAGCGAUCAAAUGUACUAGUGUUAGGCAGCGAGUUCUCUAUCAAAAAAGAGUCAGUGCUUCAACGGACAUACAAAGCUUUUCAACAUCUACUUGAAGAUGCGCUUGUGCCUUUAUCAGAAAGAUCUAGGUUAAUAAGCCAGCAAGCAUUGUCAGAGGAGGACUCGUUAAAUGUCAUUAGUAUGAAUCUUCACGAUGACUUGGAGCCUACUAGUGACGAUGAGGACAAUUUAUGUAUAGACACUGGUGACGAUUUCCAAGAAGUCGUGCCACAGACUGAGGAACUUCAUGACAAUAAUGAGAAGGAAAGUAGCGCUAACAAAGACAAGAGUUCUACAAAUAAUAAAAAUAUAGGACCAUAUGUUUGCACUUGUAAAGACACAAUAUUCGAAGUCCCGCCUCCGCGCUCGUACAAGAAAUGGCGCGUACGCAAUAAAGUCACGGGUGAACGACAUGAUAUUAUAGUCCACUGCGAACAUCGCGUUAGACACGGCACAGGAGAAAUAGUACUGGAGCCGAUACCCGAGUAUCAACUUGAGUGUGGUGCUGUCUCGCUCUCGCGCCAUAAGAUCGCCGCUCUUGCUCUCUCGCUUCACUUAAGACGGAAAGCAAGUCUUCUUAAAGUUCGAAUAGACGGUUCGUCAGGUGAAGUAGUGACAAUGGAGAAAUUGAGUUCCACAGAGUGGAGCGAGAAACAUGGCGAAAUGUUGCCACAUAUAGCUGACGUUUUACACACCACAUUGAACCAACUCCAGGGACUAUUACCCGGCAAUUAUAUACUUCAACAUGAUCCGAGCCACGGAACGAACGCAAUGUUAUACCGACCCGGCAAGUCGAAUGCGGAUUCGUUGGUACUAAACUUAGAUGUGAAUGCGCCUGCGCCGGCCGAUCAGUCUGCUGACGUUAAAGUACCACCGACGCUCUGCGACGACUUGUUGCCUAUACAUAAACAUCGUAGAAUUCUGCCUUGUGCAUUCACACCAUAUGAAGACCAGCUUCCAAAGCAGCCACGCAAGGCGCCAGCUAAGAACAAAACCCCACCUCAGGCUAUCAAGUGGCCAGCACCUUUGAGGGCAAGAAAGAAGAAAAUCCAAGACUGA